GUUAAACUGAAACCACUCGCUAUCGGCGCCUGUGCAGCUAAGAACGGGCUAAAAACAAAAAAAUGCUCAAUGACAGCGAGUUAGCGACGUUGCGUCACAGGUUUAAAAGAGAUGCCGAGUUUCUUAUGAAGGGAUCUGCAACGGGUGACGAUGAAGAGAAAAGCCAAGAAGAGAAGGAUGCAAAGCCUCUCCCUCGUGUCAAUAGACACUCAAUUUUUUGGAUCUUGGCAUCUCUAGCUGUGACCUACUAUGUGGACUUCCUUCAUGUCAUCAUGGAGAGUGUUGACAUCAAAAGUUCGUGGUUCUAUGUGGGUUUGGUACUCCUCGGAAUCUGCCUGUCUCUGGCCAUGUUUUGCAUUGUGUACCUAGAGUGGUUCAAUGGCAUUCAGCAUUAUGACCAAGAGUAUCCUGCCAUCCCCCCCCUCACCACAGCAACCUUCAUUGCAGCAUCUUGCAGUUUUAACAUAGCAUUCUGGCCAGUGUGGUCCUUCUUUACUCCACUCAUACUCUUCACACAGUUCAUGGGUGUGGUCAUGUUCAUCUCCUUACUUGGCUGAAGUUGACAGCUCCAGUGGCCUAUAACUUCUUGGAUUCCAUGUCACUAAAAUUUGUUUGAACAAAUUAAUUUUUUUGUUAGAUACUUCACAAUUUAUAUAACCAGAAUUCUUAUUUAUUUUUUUUAAGUCCAACUUUAUGUUAAACUGAAAACUCUUUUGAUGAAAGGAUUCCAUGUAUAAACUGUAAAAUGUAUGUGUUAUAAAUAAAUGGUUUAUAACUAA